UGUACAAUUCUUUAUAUUAAAUCUCAUUUUGUGUACGUUAUAUCUGAUGUUCAUUUCGAUUCACUAAUCUAACACACGAUUGUAUUGUGGUUGUAUAUGUAUAGAUAUGUUUCGCAGCUACUUGUAGCCAAGUUGGAAUUGCAUCGACCAAUGGGAUCAGCGUGGGCGCGGCACUCCUGUGGUGGGAAAAGAGCACCGACCAAUGGCAGAGGGAACCGUCGAAUGCAGUGAUGGAUUGCUGCAACGGAGUCGUGUGCAAUUCCGAAACGCAUCUUCAGUCGUCGCUAAGCUUCAAUGCGGAGGACUUGGCUCGAAUAGAUAUUUGUACGAGUUGUUGUGUUUUGGUGACAUCGUGCGGUUAAAUGAUAUACGUUCAUCGAUUGAAAAAUGAAUUCGAUGAUAACUAUGCCAAUGGAAUUGCAGCUACAACUGAUACAACAUCAACAGAUGCUCUUCCGCCAACAGCAGCUAGCUCUUCGACGACAUAGACCAGAGGAUAUACCAAAUCCAAACAUGUGGACGUUGCCGUGUUUAGGUGGAGGACCUCCUCUGCCUUCGGAAGUGAAGAUUGAAUUGCAAAAUCGGCAAUUGUGGCAGCAAUUCCACGCCGAGACCACAGAAAUGGUGAUUACGAAGGGGGGUCGGCGAAUGUUCCCGUCGAUUCAGUUGACAAUUACGGGAUUAGAGCCUCGUGCUCGUUAUUGCGUUCUUCUCGAAGUGGAGCCGGCGUCCGAUCGUCGGCAUAAGUACGUCGGCAGCGGUGGCGGAUUGGAGAAAUCUUGUGGGAAUGCAAGAGGAUGGACGUCGGCUGGUCCAGCCGAACCUCAACCACGAAUCGAUCGAAGAAUUUACUUACAUCCGGAUAGUCCGGCAACCGGUACGCACUGGAUGCAGCAUUCGCUUAAGUUCGACAAACUAAAGCUGACUAACAACGCUGUUGAUCCAAGGAAUAAUGUUGUCCUGACAUCCAUGCACAAGUAUAUUCCGCGGAUAUGGAUAAUUCGUUCCGAUGACGCAACUAGAUUGAGCGAUCUAUACUCUCAUCCAGCAUCAGCGUUUAAGUUCAAUGAAACACAGUUCAUCGCUGUAACCGCCUAUCAAAACGAGAACAUUACAAAACUAAAGAUCAACAACAAUCCCUUCGCAAAGGGAUUUCGAGACUGUGGUCAAUCACGUUGCAAGAGGAAAUUCCAGUCGGAGGCAGAAAGAUUGAACCGCCUGGAUGACGACGAUGAGAAUAUGUCUUUAGAAUCAGAGUCAAAUAAACCAUCGAAUCAUCCGGAUAUCGCCAAUCAGAGACCAAAAACAGCCUCCAGUGAGACAGGAAGUUUAGAUGACAGCGGUGUUAGUAGCUGCGGAGGAAUAAGUCCACCUCUUCUCCCAACUAUUCAUCGAAAUUCACCACUUAGAAAUGUUGAUCGCGAUAUACAGCCAAGAUUGCACAGACCAUGGGUCGAUUCUUCCCCGCAAUACUCGUCUUCUAUGGUAACCACGUCGUCCUCGUGUUCGUCGCCUAGACUCAACGAUUUAAAUUUUCCCGCGUAUUAUCUUCGACUGUUUUACCCAUCUUUGGCGGUGCAUUCAGACUUUGCGAAAUUGCCCUAUCAAUCGAUGGAGCAAUUUCCGAAAUAUCAUUAGGAAAGAAAUUACUGAUUUGUUCGCUGCGUAGAAUAAUUUUUCGGUUGCGUGAAACAAGAUGACAGAGGAUUAUCCAUUCGAAACAUGGACGAUGAACCAAAGACUUUGUUAAAUGUAGAAAGAAAACUCCAAUAUAGAGAGGGAAAUUCCAAGUUGUGUAAUUUCAUUAGGUAUAAUAUCGGAUCGAAAUUUGGAAUUCCAUGAAGAUAUAGAAAAGAUCUACGUUUCUCAUAGAUGUAUAGAUUGCUAAAAAAAUUAUAAUGUCUUUCUGAGAUGUAAAUAGUAAGGUAUACUUAAAUUUCCAUUUAUUUGUAUAUUCUCGUUAAAUUGUUGAUAAAGGACCAAAGAUAUUUUAAAUAAAUUUUUGACGUUAAAGAUUUCCUUGUGUUUGUGAUACAUCGAUUAAAUGAAUUUUUUUUUAUAAAGAAUAAACAAACAAGGAAGUCUUUACGAUACAAAAUUAAAUGAAUUUUUUUGAACAUCAAUAUAAUUCAAGAUCUCUUCGAAUAAGGUUAAGUGGUAGAAGUAGGUGCCUAACAUCGUGAACAUCACGCUAUUACAAAUAAGUACAAUUUAGUGCCUUAUAAAAUACAAUUGCUAUAAGAUAUAAAAGAUAUACAUGGUUCCUUAAUAUGCUCCAAAUGCGAAGAGCAAAUGAAGUUUGCUAGUAUUACAAAUGCUAUAUUUAUAUAUGUAAUUGUUAAUUAAUCAAAUCCGUGUAUAUUAUGUAAUUUUAUCUAUAAAUUUUGUACACUGCGAGCGUUGAAAUACCAAAAUAUUUUUGUCAAUAAUGUAGUUACUUAAGAUACAUAGUUUAAGGUUGAUCAAUGAUUUUUUUUACUGUGCAUUCAACUAAUAGUUGUAAUAAAUUGCCAUUUAC